GGAUUAAUAUUAAAAAUGUUCCGCAAUCAGUACGAUAGUGAUGUGACAGUAUGGAGUCCACAAGGACGACUACAUCAAGUAGAAUAUGCUAUGGAAGCUGUGAAACUAGGUUCAGCUACUGUAGGUCUUAAGAGUAAAACACAUGCUGUUCUUAUUGCACUGAAAAGAGCAUCGUCGGAAUUAUCAGCUCAUCAGAAAAAAAUCAUACCGAUAGAUAAACACAUGGGAAUUAGUAUCUCAGGUUUAACAGCUGAUGCAAGAAUAUUGAGCCGUUAUAUGCGAACUGAAUGUCUGAAUUACAAGUAUGCUCAUGACCAUGCAUUACCUGUAAGUCGUCUGAUUACAUCUUUAGGAAAUAAAAUGCAAACUUGUACGCAAAGAUAUGAUCGACGCCCAUAUGGCGUAGGUUUACUCGUAGCUGGAUAUGAUGAUAAAGGACCGCAUAUAUAUCAGACAUGUCCAUCUGCAAAUUACUUCGAUUGUAAAGCGAUGGCUAUAGGGGCACGUUCCCAAAGUGCAAGGACAUAUUUAGAAAAACACCUAAAUGAAUUCUUAUCAUGCGACCUUGACGAGUUAGUCAAGCAUGGCCUUAGAGCAUUACGUGACACUUUACCUAACGAAGUUGAUUUAUCAGUGAAAAAUGUAUCAAUUGGGAUAGUAGGAAAGGAUUAUGAUUUCACUAUUCUCAACGAAACCACGACAGCUGUUUUCUUGUCCCAGAUUGAAGGAGAUGAUAAACGCGGAAGACCUACCGAACCAGCUGUGCAAGAUGACAAACCUCCGCAAGAUCCGCCAACCGACGAAGGUCCUCAGGAUCCUCAAGUCGCCAUCGCCAUGGACACGGAUUAAAUUAGUAUAUAUAAACUUUGGACUUCAUAUGCAUUCAAUUUAUAUA